AUGUCCGACACGAUCCCAGCACUUCUCGUUAUCCUUAUCACAAUUCUCGUACCUCCCGUGGGAGUUUUCCUCGUCGCAGGCUGCGGCGCCGACCUCUUCAUCAACAUCUGCCUCACGCUCCUCGGGUACAUUCCCGGCCACAUCCACGCAUUCUACGUCGAAUAUGUUUACUUCGACCGGAGAGACCGAGCGCGACAUGGACAACUCACCGGUCAACAUGCGCCUGGAGUGUAUAGCGAGAGAGUGCAAGCUGGAGGAGCUGUGGGGUACGGGACGAUCUAG